GAUGUCCACUGAACAUGAGAACACAGAGACGUUUCCCUUUGAAUGUAUAUUCGGGCACUUCAAGAGACAGAAAGUGGCGAUUUCUCAUGCGAUAAGAACUACAUUUCCUUUUCUUGAGGGCCUCCGAGACAAUGAUCUCAUCACUGGUAAAAUGUAUGAAGUAAGUGAAAUUUACUACACCAUAACCUGGUAUUUAGAGAGAGGAGAAACAGAAGCCUCAGGAGAUGUGAGUGAUGCUGAAGUCAAGCUAGAUCAGAAUAAGUACCCUGAUUUGAGACUCAUUUGUAAAAGCUUUGAAAAUGUGUUACCAAAUGAAUUGUAUUUCCAAGGAAGUGAUGGAGGGGACCCGAACUCCCAGCUAAGUCUUGAACAAGGACCUAGUGGCACCUCUUCUCAAGGAAGCCUGACCUGGUCACCUGUGGCUCCCUCCUCAACUGAGGGCUUGAGAAGUGAUGAUAGAAGAAAUUCCGGCCUCAUGCAGGAAAACCAAACUGAGAAUCCUCAGCUCUCUGAAUCACAGAAUCACCGUGAUUCCUGUGAACUCCAAGUCCAACUGAGAGCUGUGCGACUCAACCGUGAACUCCAGAUUAAUCCCUGUUUUGUGCAUCUGGUAGAUAUAAAAAAGGAAAAUUCACCAUUUCCCUCGGAUGGUAACCAGCAGGCCCGAGCAAGGAUCAACCAAAAUGGGGACUCUGGGGUAAUAGAACUCAGCAGUGGGGAUUCUGAUGAUGGAGAGAACUUCUCAGAAGCUUCCACCUCAGUCCCCUCCCAACCAGCGCCUGCAUAUUCCAGAAACCUCCCCACACAGAGAACAUACAGAAGAGGAGAUACGUCUGAUACUGACAGCUCAAUCACCAUUAAAGGACGGAAGAGGACGGGACAUGCCAUGGAUGUUGGAAACAAUCGGAUCCAGGGAAAAGAUGGCAGAAAAAGAAGGAAAAAAAGAGAGAGACAUGGAAACUACUUGAUACGGAACAUCAAAAUCCCAAGCUGGAAAACAGUUUUCCUAGCAAGAAGUACCAACCCUUCUUCACAAAGAGGCAGAAAAAGAGGUCGAAGAAUACCCAGAGAUGAAAAUGCGGAUUUUAGAGAAACUGAGCUUCCUGUGACAUGUGGCAAUAUUAAGGGGACUCUGCAUAAGGAGAAAUUUAAGCAAGGCAUCUAUGUGAGGAGUAUAAAGAGUGAGACAGGACGGUGGCUCACUCCCAUGGAGUUUGAAAUUGAAGGAAACCGUGAAAAAUCCAAGAAUUGGAGGCAAAGCAUCCGCUGCAAGGGAUGGACCCUGAAAGAACUGAUAAAGAAAGGAGAACUACAAGACCCACCAAGAAAAAAGAAGGAAACCCCACCAAACCCAAGGCAAACAGAGAGACAGCUGGAAAAUCCAAAAGCAUGUAAAAUAUGCGGCCAACGACGGAAAUUGUACCCUUGUGCUACUUGUAGACAAUUCUAUCAUAAGAAUUGCCACAUCCCACCUGUGGAAGAUACGAGUAGCGCAUGGCAUUGUGCCUUCUGCAAGACAAAGAAUCAGUUAAGGUGCCAAAAAGACCAAGCACGUUAUAAGGAAGCUGAGGUCCUGAAGAGGAAGAUGUCACCGGAGGAACAGCUGAAAUGUGAGCUGCUUCUCUUGACUAUCUAUCGCUGUCCAAAAAGUGGCUUUUUUAUCCCCAAACCAAAGCAAAGGAAAGAGGACUUUCCAGACAUCAAGGAGCACAUGUGGUUAAACAAAAUCAAGAAUAGGCUGAAUAAGAAGGCAUACCAUUCGGUACAACGCUUUGUGAGGGACGUGCGCCUCGUCUUUCAGAACCACAGCAUAUUUUAUAAAAACAAGUUCAAAAAUCUUGGAGUCAGAGUAGGAAACAAAUUUGAGGAGACUUUCAAAAGGAUUUUCUCCAUUGAGGAGACAAGCAAAGAACAUCAACCGUGUAAGCACACCGUUCUGCUAACCUAGUCCUUUCUGAUCCCUCCACGACACGUCCCCAGCAGCCGACAGUGCGAUGCUCAGAGAGCCCACCUUUCUGCAUAGAGAGCCUGCCACACCCCCCGUCUCUUUCUAUAGCGCCCUUCCUGUUUGGUCAUCUUUCUAAAGAAAACUCAGGGCAUACCAUGUAUGUCACACUGGUGAACUGUCAGGUGCUGAGCCCACUGAGAAGAUGACUCUGGAAGCAGGACUGCCCCCUCCCCCAUUGCAAACCCAAGUCUCAUAAAAUGCCCUCCGAAGUAUUUUGUCUAGGGGUGGCCUUGCCCCCCUAACUCUGGGACGGGGAGGAGGAGCCAGCAAAACCAGUCCAACAAUGAAAAUUCUGGGUUCUUAAAAACAGCUAGAAGGUGACCGUUUCUAACAGAUACUACAACUAUUUAUCCUGGGAUGUAAAGUGGGAAAGAGAAGCCAGCAAUUCAGCCAUGGGAGCCCUGUCAUGGAGAGAAAGCUCAAUUGGAAACU